AUGUCAUCCUCAAAUAUCAACAAAUCUCGGGACGACGCGGUAGCUCAUGGAAAGCCUGGUACAUCGAGCAUUGCAGAGCUCAAGAAUGGCAAAGUGAUUUUCCGGCAGAAACCGAUCUCAUUUGAGAAGAAUUCCGAGACUAUGCAAGCAAUCGUGAAAUUCAGAGAAUAUCUGGAGCAGUUGAUGGAGAAGAAGGAGCCGAUGUUUACCACGUUUCCUCAGGAACAUAUGCCUCUAAUUGCGAAGUUGGCCCAUGAGAGUGAUAAAGCAAUAGGAGCACUGGCCAGAUAUAUCUCGAAAGAGAUUUCACCUGCUCAAGAUGACGAUGAUGGAUCACCACAAGCAACUAUGGUUCCCGCCCCAAUAAUUGAGGCUGCAAUCAAGUCUACCCUCGUCCGCGUCAAUUACGGCCUUGAUGGCUCUCCGGAUGCUAAAUUACCUUCUACUGCAUGCGCAUGGAGAUGGGAAGUCAAGGAUGAGUUCAAAGAUUGGCUCCCGAAGACUAUGCAGGAGAAAGCUGAGUCCAGAAAAGCUGAUCGAAUUCAGGCGAAAGAGUUCCUCUUAGCUACAUUCGAAGCCUUGUCAUUAGACGAACAACGUUCUAUCAUUCCUCAAAAACCUUGGAAAGUUUCGCUUUCGGAAGGUAAUGGAUCGACGACGAGUAUCGUUGACCUCACCCAGGACGAUGUUAAACCUGAGAAGCCAAAUGACAAGGGCAAGGCAGGUGGAGAAGAAAACGACAAACCGGCAAAAAAGCAGAGUCCUGAAAAGAAGACGGUGCUAGAAGAUCCAGAGAAGGCCGCUAAAGAGAAAAUGCGAAUGGAGAAGAAAUUAGCCAAGGAGGAGCGAGAGAAGAAGGAGAAGGAGGCGCAACACCGAUCGCGAUCUAUUAUGGCAAACUUUUUCUCGAAACCCAGGAAUGCAGCCGCAUCUACGUCGAAACGAAUUGAACCCGCCCCGGCCCCGCAGACAGACUUUGAACGCACUUUCAAGCCUUUCGUCGUAAAGAAAGACGCAACAAUGGCUCGAAUCAACUGGUUCAGGCGCAAGAAUGGGAAGCAACGAAAACCUCCCCCCACCCCCGGCGUUAUCGUAUUAUCAGACGACGAGGAUAUCUCCACCCCUUUUCUAGCCGUGGCGGAAUUGCCUAUGGACGUAGACGAACCCAUACCACACCUUGCAUCUAUGACUACACAAGCACGCCUUGACAAUGUCAUACAAACAUUGACUUCAUCAACAUCAAGUCUUCCACUUCGCCGGCGGCCAAGUCUUCAAUACAAAACUUUCCAUCCCUUGACUGUUCGCGAUGUCAUGCAUCAACUUACGGAAGCUGAAGUAGCAGGAGACGACGUGAUGGUCCGCUCCAUCCUUGCGAAACUGCGAGACCGCAAGCUAUUCCCUGCCAAGGUCUUUAUCUUCACGGAUGACUUGCGACCUGGUUAUUUCGGUACAUGGACUCGGAGCUCUCGUCUUAUUGGACCCCGUACUCCCCUUGUCCGAGACAUGGCUAUCCUUGACUACAGUAACGACAGCGGGGAAGAGUGGGAAGAUGAAAACGCCAAUGAUGCCGAUGAUGUGAAUGACGAUGCCGAAGAGGACGACGAUAGCGAGGCCGAUUCUGACCUUGAGAGUUGGUUGGUCGAGGAUGAAGAUGAAGACCAAGGUGUACCUCCGGACGUUGACGACCCUUUUGUCUUGGAUGUUCCCAUGCCAGCACCUCCUCCGAAGCGGAAAGCAGUAGAGGAGCCGGCCAAGAAGAAGCUGACCAAGAAACGCAAAGUUGUUGUUCCACUCGUACCUUUCUGUAAAGGGCCUUGCUGGGAAGACACAAUUGGCCAUUGUGAAUCGGACAUCCUGAAGCCUUACCGCAUCCAAUUGUUCAAUGAUUGCCCAUUCCCCGUUGAUCCUUUCACAUUCGUAUCAACAUGUGGGGGAGACAAGUCUUCGGCAACGAAAGCUGCGAGUAGGACCGAGAUCCCUACCGCUUCCGAUAUUUCGGCAAUUGCGACCUCAAUGCCACCACCCCCACUUCCCUCUGUUCCGACAGUCAAGCGGACGGCGUCGGCGGCACACAAACCAAAGACACCGUUUCCCGAUGUUCAUCUGCCGUUUCUGCUGUCUAAGAUUGAUUCCUUACAUGCGCCUACCGUUACUUAUCUCGUCGAGGAGAUCUUUAAAGAACUGCGUUCUCAAAAUGUGAGGAAGAAUUCAAUCGAGGUGAAAGUCAGGGAGGUUGCAGAGAGAUGUAGAGAGAAGAAGUAUUGGGUAGUCAAACCAGGUAUCAUGGUUUGA